GGUUAAUAAACAAAACAUCGCGUUCCAAUAAUAACAGGUGAGUUGAAUCAUUAUAAAAAAGUAUCAUUAGAUAACUUUUAUGUUGUAAAUGUCUUACUUAAAUUGAUAAAGAUCUCAAAAUAUUACGCGAAAAGCAAAUAAAGUAUAAAAAUAAAUCUUAUUGAUCCAAGUGGUUUAUCGCAGUCGUGAGUCAGGUUUUAUUUUUGUGCUACUGAUACGUUUUAGUGUUAAAAUUAUUGUGAGGAGUUUUAUAUAAGAAGUCGCAAUGUCCCACACAGUAACGGUAACUAGGACAACUACAACAACAACUACCUCAGCUAUUAUCAUCAAUUCAGGAUAUUUGAAAUCAUGGCCAGGAUUACUAAAAUUAGCCGAACUGAUUCUAGGAAUAGUCACCGUGGGCAUAGUGAGUUACUAUGUUAACAAAUACAUACGUUUGGUAUACUCACCAGAAAUAUUCUUUCUCCUUAUGGCUGUUACAUUCUUAGUAGGAACAUUUUUAUUAUUGACGUCGUGUUUAAUAUCUAUCUCGACUGCUUCAAUUAUCUCAAAAACAAUUUACGAAGUGGUGUACCACGGUUUUGCUUUUAUCUUGGUGUUAGCCGCUAGUUUAACUCUAGUUACAGAGAUAAAUCAUAAAAGACAAAACUACUACGGAGGAGAUUACGAACCUUAUUUUGCAGCCGCUAUUAUUGGACUUGUUAAUGCCGCCCUAUAUCUUUUAAGCACAAUCUUUGCCCUCAGGAGCUACAGAGGAUUGUAAUUUCUCAUUAUUUUGUAUUUAUUUAUUUUUCUUUGUAUUUUUUUGUUAAAUAUCUAUUUUAUACCAUUUUUUAUUUCAUUUUAAAAGUACUUAUGCAAUUUAAUCAUCAAUUAACUAUAACGGAUAAUUUUCAAUAAAUCUAUAACUUGCAUAAAACAUUUACUCACAAAGGUGUUGACUGAACCGUUAUAAUCUGAUUAUGUUAUAAAUAAUGGCGCAGAUACUCUCUUAGUUACAUUGGUCUCAUAUUUAACGAUCAGAAAUUAUAUUUCCAAUCACGUAUUCCACAUAGCAAUUAACACUUUCAUAGUGAAAUUAUUAUAUGCAACUUGUAGAUUUUGAAAUAAAUCAGGAUAUAAAUAUAUAUGAUGUUCACUUUUUAUUUAACUAAAAUCGAAAAAUUAAUAAGAUUCAAGAGUUUACUUCAACAUAGGUUUGUUAAAACCUCUUCUCGGAACGGUUAUUGGAAGCGUUUAAAUGAUAUUUUCUGCGCGAUUUCCUGCUAUGCUUGAUUCUGGUAACAGUAUUUGCUAGGUUUGCUCCAACCCAUCAAAAAACCGUCCUUGGUACGGUGACGAUUCUGCGCAGUAGAGUUUACGUAUUCCAACUGGGCGGCUACCAUUAUACGACUGAUUCUGUUUUGUGCUCCAACCGACUUGUGUGCAUAGCCGGAGAAUGAGCAGAAAAUAUCAUCCAAAUGCUUCCAAUAACGUUUCCAUGAACAAUCCAGAUUAGCAGGUUGAACGAACCUGUUAUCAACCAAGCUGGAACAUAAAAAUUCACAAAAAGUGAACAUAUUACGUUUUAUAUAGAUUUUUUUAUUAAUAAUAAGAUCUUAAUGCUGCCAUAAUAUUGCAUUUUAAUUGUGCCUUACAUGUAAGCUUUUUAUAUAUAAAUGAAUUGGUAAAUUUAAACAAUAAUUAUAUUUAUAAUACUGUAUACUAUUAUACAACAAAGAAUUUUUCGAUAAUUUCAAUAGUAGGUGUACAAAUAUAAACAAAAUAAACAAAUUUUAUUAUAAAUUAUAAAGAUCAAAAUAUAAAAAUUAUAUUUGUAGCAAUAUAAAUGAAUAGUUUUCACUAAUUAUUUUAAGUUUACAAUGUUAUUUUUUGAAGAAUUUAAAUAGAAUGUCGUUGUGUUGUGUCGAAUGCACUAAUUGUAGAUUUAAUAUCAGAAUAUUGUGAACCAAAAAUCAUAAUUUAUUUUUAUCAUUUUCAUUUAUAUUUUUGUAAAACAUUGUGUACAGUUUGUUAGGUUAUAAAAUUUGUAAUCAUAUGUCCAAUAUGUUGAAUAAAUAGUCAAUAACA